AUGAGGGGCUGGAGAGGGCGGAUCAGAUGUCAGAUCCCUGACUGUAAUAGCAGUCGCGCCUGGAGAUUCCCACAGACUCCGUGGGAAGCAUUCUUACGAUUUAAUAACACAGCCACACUGACAGACGAGACCGAGACAGCAGAAAAUAGGGUGUGUGAGAGAGAGAGCUGCUGGCAUUUCAAACUGGAUGGGAGAGGACUCGAGCACAGGAGGGCGGGCACCGACUCAGAUCUGUGUAUUUUUGACACACUCGUACAGGAACAUGGCCAUGGGCAGGACUGGGAUACAGCUGCAGUUUCUGCUGUACUCGGUGUCAGCCUACCUUUCACCGUACAAUCUGGAAAAUAUCCUCCCGAUUCCUACAGACCGGGAUCCAAAUGAUAUCUUGAAAAGAUUUGACCCUUGUUGUCUGCUGACCCCGCCUCCCCCUCCUUUGUUCCCGCCCCCUCCUGGUGUCUGGAAAAGAGAGCCUACCUUGCCUAGUCGUGUGGAGGGGACGAGAGUAAGAGAGGAGGAUGGGGAGCAGGUGAAGGAACUCUGUGUGGCAGGACCACCAGGACCUCCUGGACCUGUUGGACCACAGGGUCACAGUGGCAUCCCAGGGAUGGAGGGACCAAAAGGAGAUAAGGGUGACAUCGGAAGACCAGGGUCAAAGGGUCGUACUGGGCGUCCGGGUCUGCCUGGGAAACCAGGUUCUUUAGGGCUGCCCGGCCCAGAGGGACCUAAGGGAGAGAAAGGAGACCCAGGGCUGAUGGGAAUGCCAGGAAUGAGGGGAUCACCUGGACCUAAAGGCUUUCCAGGCAAUAAGGGUGAGAAGGGAGCACGGGGGGAUUCUGGACCUGCAGGUCCAAAAGGAGACAAGGGAGCAAAUGGACUGCCUGGGAUGCUGGGACAGAAGGGUGAAAUGGGACCCAAGGGUGAGUCUGGCGUCCCAGGGAAGCGUGGCCCUACAGGACGACCAGGCAAGAGAGGCAAACAGGGGCCUGAUGGAGACAGAGGUUUUCCAGGGCCAGUGGGUCCCACUGGUCCACCUGGACCCAGGGGCCACCCAGGACCUCCUGGGGUACCUGCAUCAGGGCUGUUUGUAGUUGGAGAAAAAGGUGAGAAGGGAUUGCCCGGUCCUCCUGGAGUCUGCGACUGCAGCUUCCCUUCUCUCAGUCCAGCCAGUGCCCCGUUACAACACCGUAACAAAUAUGACAAAGUUCCAGCGAUAUUCGUUGUGGGCAGUGAGGAAGAGCUAAAAGGUCUCCAGGAAGAUAACGCACUUGCCUUCAGGAAGGAUCAGAGGUCUCUUUACUUCAGGGAUGAAAAUGGAUGGAAGCCCAUUCAGCUGAUGCCGCUCCAGGCGACUGAGAGGAUGAGGGAUGGGAAUGGAGUCUGCGGUGAUGGAGAGGUGCAGGAACUCAACGGGGAAGAAUGCGACGACGGAAACAAGGUUGUUACGGAUGACUGCGUUGGCUGUAAAAAGGCAUACUGUGGCGAUGGAUAUCGCAAUGAGGGUGUGGAGGAGUGUGACGGGAAAGACUUUGGCUACCAGACCUGCAAAUCAUAUCUGCCCGGCACCUUUGGGCAGCUCAGGUGCACCGACUCCUGUUUCAUCGACUCAACCGGCUGUAAAUACAGGACCUGAGGCCUACAAAAGUCACACAUUCACACUAACACACACACACACACACACACACACAGAGAUAUGAGGGAGAGCCUGCUGAGAUCAAAAGUAUUUAACAGAUGAUCUGAGAGGAUUUGGCUGUUUCUGUCUCCAUCGCCUUCCUUCACACUCCAGACACACACACAUUAUAAGGUUCAACUCAGUGGGUACGGUACUAUUUGUAGUACUGCUUGUUGAUGCUGCUAGUAUGUUUUGAAUGGCAGCUGAGCUGGUGGAUGAAUGUUUUAGGAGUUGUGUAAUGAAAAGUCAUUAUUAUUUAAAUGAAUGUAUAAUAUGUUUAUAUGAAACGUAUUUAUUUGUUUGGUAUUGCAAAUGCAUGAUUAGGUCUGUGCAUGUUUCUGUAUGUGUAUCAUGAGUUUGUUUCCAAGCGACUAAGCAGUAUUUUGCUGGUAUGUGCCUUGUAAAGCAUGUACUGUAAAAACAGGUAUUUAUUGUAUUUAUUUAUUCAUUGAACCAAACUUUUAUGAAAAGAU